AUGUUAGUCGAUACUGGCUCAGUUUAUACACUGAUAAGUGAAGCUUUGUGGGAGACCUUACGGAGUAACUUGUGCACGAGUGAUAGGUACAGGUGUGCAGCAGGUAGUAGCACUAUUGUACCUAGUACACUUGAGUUAGUAAGGGAACAGCACAAGGUCGUAUCAGCAAAUGGUGAACCUAUUGAUAUCUUAGGGAAAACACAACUAAGUAUUUGUAUAGGACAGGAAGUGGGAAGACAGUCAGUUUUAGUAGCUAGGGACCUGGCACAGGAGUGCAUCCUUGGGGUUGAUUUUAUGAGGGCCCAUAAAUUGAUAAUUGAUUUUGAUACCAUGGCAUUGAAAUCUAAAACAACAAAUAUUUGCCUUAAGAAAGGAAACGCUAAUCUUGCGUGUAACAUAAAAUGUGCUAAAAAAGAAGUAAUUCCUGCUGGACAUGAAAAGAUUAUUGACGGAAAACUUGUUGCUAAGGGCAGAGGAGAGGUUAUGACGACAAAUUAUGUCGGUAUAAUUGAAUCAAAAUUAAGGCAAACAAAUGAGAAACCUGUACUGUUAGCACGAAGCCUUGUAAUGUCCAAAAAAUUAACUGUACCAUUGAGGGUAGCAAAUUUUUCAAGUGAAGACGUGACAAUCUACAAAAACACUACUCUAGGGAUUUUCUCUACGAUUGAUGAGAACUUUGAUAAAGACAAGGGUGUUUGUGGUGCGGUAAACAGUUCUACGGGUUGUACUGGCAUCAGGAACACAAUUGAUAAUAUGCAUGUUGAUUGUUCAUUAAAUCUUGAACAAAAAGGAAGACUCAAUUCCCUGUUAGAGGAAUAUAGCAGCAUAUUUUCAAAUGGACCAGCUGAUCUUGGUCGAACCUCAUUGGUGAAACACCACAUUGAAACCGGUAGUAGUUGUCCCCUGCGACAAGGGGUAAGACGUGUGCCUAUACACAAGCAGAAAGAAAUCAAAGAUCACAUUGACAACAUGUUACAGGAAAGGAUUAUUCAGCCAUCAUGA